AUGCACGAGGCUUAUGAAAUAACGCAUUUGCUAAAUGCGUCUGUUCAAAUAGAAACCAUAGCAGCUUAUGAUGGAAACUUAUUAAUAGGGACUCGACAAGGCCACUUGCUUAUGUAUUCACUCUUUUUUAAUAAUGAUACCAAAAAGAAUGAACUAAAAAUGAUAAGGUAUUGUAAAAACUUUAGUAAAAAACCAAUACAACAAAUAGAAGUGAUUCCAGAAGAUAACUUACUGUUAUGUCUCACAGACAACCUGCUUUCAUCUUAUGAUAUAAAUGGUCUCAAUUUUCCUUUAGUUAAAACUUUUUCUGAUACCAAAGGAGCGUCACUAUUUGCAUUAGAUAAUAAGUCAGCAACAUCUAUGACUGGUGAAUCCAACUCUGUGGUACACCUGUGUGUGGCGGUCAGGAGAAAAUUGCAGCUUUACUAUGGUAAAAAUGGUGAAUUUAAAAAACACUUAUUUGACUUUACAAUACCAGAUGUGCCAAAAGUUAUGGCUUGGGGUCAGCAAUACUUAUGUGUUGGCUUUAAAGGAGAAUAUACAUUAUAUGAUUUAUCUUCACAUAACCCAAAAGAGUUAUUUCCAACCAGUAGUUCUAAUUCUCUUGAGCCAUCAAUUGCUAAAUAUUCGGAGACAUCUUUUCUUCUGGCGAGAGAUAAUACUUCAGUUUUAGUGCAAGAAACAAAGGAAGAAGCUAUAGAAAUUAAAAAUACAAUAAAAUGGUCAGAUGCACCCAUUGCUGUUGUAUGGGAUGAACCAUUUAUAUUGGGAUUAUUGCAAGACAAUAUAGUGGUACAAACCGUUGAACCACCCCUCUUUAUUCAGACAUUACAAGAUUUAAACAAAGCAAGACUGAUGUAUAGAUGUAAGCGUGGUUUAAUAUUCGUGGCCUCAGUGGGUCAGGUGUGGUGCCUUAAUGCAGUGGAUGUGACUAAGCAACGCCAGCAAUUACUCAAAGACAAACACUUUCAGAUUGCUAUAGACUUAGUGAGUUUGUCAGAAUGCUCCCCCGAAGAGAAGAAGCAAACAAUACAUUCCAUACAAAUGCUACACGCAUUGGAUCUCUUUGACAGUAAACAAUAUUCCCAAUCCAUGAAGGAAUUCAUAAAGUUGAACACCGAUCCUGCCGAAGUAAUCAAACUAUUCCCGGAACUGGAUAAUAAGCAGAACGACGGCAAAGAGAAGAAAUUAAAAGGGAAAGACCUGGAGAGUGCUUUGAACGCGCUGAUAGAGUAUUUAGUGGAGUUGAGGUCGAAAAUCGGAAAGAGUACGGAAGCCGGGGCAAGUAAGGACGAAGUCGCCAAUCCGAGGAAUGUGACGCAACAAUUGGAACUCAUUGAUACUACUCUACUGAAGUGUUAUUUGCAGACAAAUGACGCAUUCGUAGCCCCAUUGCUGCGUCUAAACAAUUGUCGCCUGGAGGAAGCUGAAAAGACCCUCCUGCAACAUGGAAAGCACAGUGAACUGAUCAUCCUUUACCAAACAAAGGGUCAACAUACAAAGGCCUUGCAGCUAUUGAGGGAACAAGCUGGACAGCCUGACUCCAGCCUCAAGGGUUACCAUAGGACAAAGAAUUAUUUGCAACAUUUAGGAGCGAAACACAUAAACUUAAUAUUCAAAUUCUCUGAUUGGAUAUUGAAGGAACACCCUGAGGAGGGCCUGAAAAUCUUCACCGAAGACAUAGUUGAGGUGGAGAACCUGCCUCGUGCUAAAGUCCUCGAUUUUCUACUACGCGAGCACGAGUCAUUGGUCAUUCCAUAUUUAGAACACGUCAUACACACCUGGAAUGACACGAACGACCUUUUUCAUGACGCCCUUAUCAAUAUGUACAGAGAGAUAAUAACGGAGAAAAAGGCGAAUUCCACUGAAGAAGAACUGCAGCAUAUCAAGUCGAAAUUGGUGGCGUUUCUAGAAAAGUCGACGCAUUACACCCCGGAGAGGGUUAUAUUACAUUUUCCUAACGAUACACUGUUCGAAGAGAGAGCGGUGAUAUUGGGGAAGUUGGGGAGACACGAGCAGGCUUUAGCUAUUUAUAUCCAAAUCCUAGGUGACGUAGAACGAGCGAUACGAUACUGCGACAAUGUAUGGGAUAGGGCAAAUGAAAAGAGCACGGACGUGUACGUUAUCCUAAUGCGGAUUCUUCUUAGCCCCGAGCAAAGUGGAGCCCUAAGUGGUCCUUUGGCCAGUGUGCCGAGACACCCCCGUUCCUCCACACCUGAUUUGGAAACGGCUCUCGCUAUAUUGGAAAAACAUGCUGAUAAGAUUUCGCCUAUUAAGGCGCUAUCAGUGUUACCGAACAGCGUGUCUCUGAGCCGUCUAAAGAAUUUCUUAGAAAGCGCACUACAGUCACAGCUGACCCUGAAAAGACGAACUCAAGUGCUCAAAGGAUUGCUCUACGCUGAACAUACACAGGUACAAGAGAUGAAACAGUUCCACGAGUCCAAGAGCAUAGUCAUAAACGACUACAACAUCUGUCCCGUGUGCAAGAAACGCUUCGGCAACCAAAGCGCGUUCGUCCGAUACCCAUCCGGUGACAUAGUUCACUAUUCAUGUAGAUUAGACAAGUAA